CGGUGCUGAAAGUGAGAAGUAUUCAGCUGCGGAGCUCAAAUGAAUCCCCGGCUCCAAGCGGUCUUCAGUGCGAACGCCGCCGCUCGGGAUAAGCCUCCUCUCCGCUUCAGCUCGACGCCACUUCGGGUGAAUGAAGCGUUCCGUCCAUGCGGAGACUAGCGCUAGUUCUUCUGCCCUGUGCUCUCGCCGUACUGGUGCACUUGUGGUUGGUUCAACAACGGUGCUCAGCGCCGCUGGACAACGACACGCACUCGGAUGGGGUGGUACCAUCCUAUGAAGUUCUGGUGGGAGUGCUAUCAGCCAGGCAGCAUUACAAACUGCGACAAGCCAUAAGGGACACCUGGCUGGGCUAUCUGCACCAACACCCUCACUUCAAGCACAGAGUGGGGGUGAAGUUUAUUGUGGGCAAACAUGGGUGUCCCAUCCCUGAGGAGGACAGAGAAGAUCCUUACUCCUGCUCCCUACUCAACAUCACCGAGCCAGAGGCAGGACAGGAUGCUGAGAGAGAAAUUGUGAUGGUGAACGACCCUGCUGUGCUGGUCCCUGCUGAUGUGUCUGCUAUUGCCCUGGAUUUUAAAGUGCUCCAUCCGGUGGUGAUCACCAGGCUGGGAGUGUUUCCCCGAGGAACCCAGCCUGAACUUAAGAGCAAUGUGACUGUAAAGCUCCUGCAGCUGGAUCAGGAGGAGGCUGUAGUAACGGCUCGCUUCAACCCCAUCAGCACAGGGACCCUUGUAAGCGGAAUAUGGUACAAACCAGUGGAGCAGUUUAUCUUGCCCAAGGGCUUCGAGGGGACGCUAGUAUGGGAGAGUUCAGACUCUGAUGUACUGACCACAGUCAAUGCGUCCUGUGUGCAGCUUAACGAUGGAGGAGGCGUACUUAAGAUCACUUCUAUUGCAGAAGGAAUACUGCCCCAUCGAAGUGCACUUGGAUUUCCUGGCUUGGCCGGAGGAUUCACCUUUACCAUUUACGACCGGCGCAGUCUGUCUGAGCACCUGCGGGGCCGUCCAGCCAGGAUGGAGCAGCAUGCCUCGGGGCUAAGGCAGGAGAACGCCGCCUUGGAGCAAGAAAGCCUAAGGCACGGCGACAUGGUGUUCGUUGACGUAGUGGACACCUACAGGAACGUGCCUUCCAAACUGCUUCAGUUCUACAAAUGGUCAGUGGGAAACAUUGACUUCCGUUUGUUCCUGAAGACAGAUGACGAUUGUUAUAUUGAUGUGGACUCUGUACUAAUGAAGAUUGAGCACAAAGGACUCAAGCGCAGCAAUUUUUGGUGGGGAAAUUUCAGACAGAGCUGGGCAGUGGAUCGGAUUGGGAAGUGGCAAGAGCUGGAGUACGCCAGUCCCGCCUACCCGGCCUUUGCGUGCGGAUCUGGCUAUGUGGUGUCACGUGACUUGGUGCAGUGGCUCGCCAGUAAUUCGGAGAGUUUAAAGGCCUACCAGGGAGAAGAUGUGAGCAUGGGGAUAUGGAUGGCAGCUGUUGGACCACAGAAAUAUCAGGACCCCAGCUGGCUCUGCGAAAAAGAAUGCUACCUGGACAUGCUGUCGUCACCCCAGCACACAGCAGAGGAGCUACGUGUCCUGUGGGACAGGAAGAGGACAUGCGGUGACCCGUGCGGAUGUCCCUGGGGACUGUAAGGUCUGGAUCACUCGAUGCGCAGCAAUGCCUACUUGUGACAUUUCAGCUUUUGCGCUUACUCCAUACCUCAAAUUGUUCACACUGUAAUGCCAUUUAGUGUUUUAUCAAUUAUUAUUCCCGAUAACUUUUAAAAAGUAAAAAAAAUAAUGGCUCUUUUCUUGCUUUUUUUCUGUCAUUACUGUCCUGGCACUAGCCCUUGUACAAAAUAUGUGAUAUUGCCUUACAGUACUUGUUAUAGAAGCAUAGAUUCUAUGUGGACAAAUCAUUGUUUUAAUUUACAACAGACUUUUGAAAAGAAACUCCUUUGCAAGACAUAAAAGAGUCCAAGAGAGGAAAAUGUUUCUUGUUUAUUUCAGGCGAAGAUGCACAUUUAUAUUCUUGUUGGUAUACUUGUAUUUGCAUUCCAGCUCAACUGUGAAGCUCUACAGUCAGCAGAUACACCAGUUUGUUACUGAAGUCCAAUUUUGCAUUUAAAAAAUGGAAUAGGAAAUCACCCUGAAGCACUGUGUUUUUCUGAGAUCU